GAAACGGGUUUCUUGCAUAUGAUCAGACACUUGUGUGCCAAUAGGCUAGUUAUUCCGUCCAUCAGGAGAUUGAUUACUCCUUACCACAUGGACUUUUUCGCCCUUAUUUCCUUUGGUCGUUGCAUGUAGAACUGACAUCAAGGUCAACAACUCUUCACCUUUGGUCUAUCCUGAUCUCUCAAAGGCCAUGGCGAAGCUCUUCUUUCAUCUGGGACUAUUCCCAGUCCUAUUCAGUGUCCUAGUAUACACUGUAUUAGGCGCUGCCCCGACGCUUGAUCAGUUGUUUAUAAUUCAGAGCGGAACAGCUAACGGUGGCUGCGAUGCCUAUACCGCAACCAUGAAUAACUGGCUGAUUGAAAUCAACUAUGCCCUCCAAACGACUCUUGCGGCCAUUGAUAAGUAUGAAACGGAACCAAAAGUCAGAGCGGCGUUUACAACCUUCUUCGGAGUCAAAGAGGCUGCAAAAGCCACAACGGGUGUCACAAAUAUUCGUAAAAUCUUCCAAUGGGUCUACAAUUUCUUCUCGUUCGCGUUGAAUGAUGAUGGUACUCCUUGGUAUCCCAUAGAUAACUCACGCUAUAUCUUUUGCGACAGUACUUGGCUUAUAGAGCAAACGCAAGACGACACGGCCAAAGACUAUCAAGGUAAUGGCAUUAUAGACAAAAACGGCAACCUCGUCCCCAUUGAAUCAAUACCCGGUUACAAAACGGCCAUCGGCACAAAGGCCGGCAAUAAGAUCUGGUGGUCUGGUCAAUACGCACCCUUUAACGGAUACUACUUCUCACCAACCGGCGCAGAUUACUGCAGCAAUCCAAAAAGUCUCGGUCUCACCUCAUUUAUCCAAGAACUAGAGGUAAAUACCAAGACCGGAACACUCAAGGGACGUCGACAGGUCGAAGACAUCAUUAUCUGUCCUUCGAGCUUUACAACCUCGGCACCAGACUCUUUCACGGCUGGUGAUGCACUGAUCUCCGCAGGCACCGGCCUUGACACCGUGUUACCCAAGAGCGCAACGCUCCUCCACGAGUCUUUCCAUAACCUGUUUGGGACAACUGGACAAUAUGGAUUUCUACAGACUGGAGAGGAAUAUAAUCUCAUGACGUGCAUCAGCUGGGCUAACGUAAACGCCGUAAAUGGGGCGCGCAAAAACCCUGAGAACUACGUAUUCUUCGCUGCGCACAUGUUCUACUUGUAUGGCACAGCGAGCCAAGGCAUAUCCAAGAAUUGGGACUUUGAGAUUAUUGAAGAAGCGAAUGGAGAUAAGAAGUUUGGGGCGAAAGCUCCUUAACUAGGUACGAGGGUGAAGGCGUCCAUGGGGUGUAUGCUGAUGGUCAAGGAGGAGGACAUCUGUAGAGUCGUCU